AUGGCAAAAGGUUCAUGUCUCUGCGGCGAACUGAAGUACAGCUUCAGCGGUGCACCAGUGAUGCAGGCAAUCUGUCACUGCGUAACCUGCCACAAGUUAAGCGGCAGUGCAUUCACUACCAACGUCCUCGUCCCCAACACAUCUCUUAAAAUUGUGUCCGGCUCCUCUAACAUGCGAUCCUGCUCGUUACGCCACAAGAGCGGCAUGACUAUCACGACUCACUUCUGCGAGAAGUGCGGUACGACAAUUUAUAAAGAGGGUACGGCAGAUGAGUUCAAGGGCUUGUGCAUUGUGCAAGCUGGAACCUUGGAUGGUGGAGAGGGUGACAUGGGUUUGGAUGAUGUGGAAGUCAAGGCGGAGUUGUGGGUCAAGGAGAGGGCGAAGUGGUUAAAUGCUCAGGAGGGAUUGGGACAGAUGCAGGAGUUUUCUUGA